UUGUUUCAACGGCCGCCUGGCGAAAUGGCAUCGCGUCUGACUACGAUUACGUGAUCAGGAGAUUGCAGGUUCGACCCCUGCGGUGGUCAUGUGUUUUACGGAUCGGUUUUUUUUUUACCCCGUGUUGGCAUCAGAUGUUCUUGUUUUGUACUGGAUUCUGAAUUCUGAUGGGUGUCUGCUGUCACUCAGUUUGACAGUUAGUAUGCAUCAUUUUCAUAAUUGGCGAUUAUUCGUUGCACAUGGCCAGGUGUGUCAUAUCCUCUUAGUUUUGUUGAAUGUCACUGUGGCGUGCACGCUAAAGGUUCUACCGCUAGGUUGAAUAGGAUAAUCACGGUGAGUCGCCUUGGCAGACUUCCU